GCUCACUUGUUUGUGGGAGAAAUUCUUGAUGGUCUAAUACUUCUGACAAAACGUGGUGACUCCAUUUACUCAUGUGGCAAACUGAAAGACCUUGAGGAGGUAAUGGAUAGUCAAGCAUGCACUUACAUUUUAAUCCAUUUAUUUUAUUUCAUUUUUUAAAAGUUGUAUUGAUCAGGGACAAUUCGUCUUACCAUAUCAUGAUGUCUUAUCAUAGAAGCUUGGCCAAUUAUGUGAAGAAAGGAUACAAUAAUGCAAGAUGAACACUCUUCAGAUUGGAGACUGAAAUACUAGAUCUUUCAACAGAGCAGCCUUCUAUUCUAGUGACAGAUUAAUAACUGAUUUCACUCACAGCCAAGUAAAAAAAAUCAUAUUGUUCUCAAGAAGAACUAUUUUUUUUAUCCAAAAAAAUAAAACUAAACACUGAAUUGAAUAACAAGUCCAAAAACUAGUUCUAUGCAAAUUUAAAUGAGAAUCUGUCCUUCUCCUACCCUUACACUACGUUGUUACCCUCUGCAACAACACCUACAUUAUGAUCUGACACAAACUAUAAAUUUAGGAGGAGUUUUCAUGCUAAUUUGCCAGCAUGCAGUCUCUUAGGGGCACGCAAUAAAGCUAAAAUCAUUAGUCCUUUUGUCCAUGAACACACAUUACAGCAGGGAGUGCAAAAGUGUGACAGCUUUUGAUUUAUUCACAUUCUUUCGUGCAGAUUUAAUCCAAUCAGAAGCCAGCUGGAAACUUUUCUCAACUUCUGAUUGGUUAAUUUCGGCAUGACAGAAUGUGAAUUCAUUACAGGUGAUCACGCUUUUAUGCUCCUUGCUGUAAGUACGGUACAGGAAACGUGAUUAGAGCUUCAUGUCAGGUGAUAAUUAAGAACAAUUAUAAUAAUAGGUCUAUAUUUCAUAAGAUAAAUGUACAUAUCCCAUGUUACAUGAGUGGUGUUUUAGCUCCCCAAAGAAAACUGUUAGCUAAAUGUUUCACCCCAUGUUUUACAUUUUGCAGAAAUACUUCUCACAGUUUUUAGUAGUAUUCAACAUAACAUCUGAGGACGAAGGUACAUUAUGAUACUUCUCAGAAAUUUAUUUAACAGUGUUUACUAAUUAACUGCAAAAGUUAUGGAGUGGUAACACAUACUAUUCAGCUUACUUUUCACAUUUUGUGAAAGCUGGCUAUAUGUACUGCUACACUCAAAUAAUUAUUAAUAGUCAAACUUGAGCUACAUGAGAUGGUCAUCAGGAUCAACUAGGAUUGCUAUCCACUGGGAACAUACUGUAGUUUCACCUAUUUUGCAGGGAUGCUAUUCAACUCCAGGUUUUCUGCUUGGGAUAACGUCACCAGUUCCCACCAGCUUUUUUAAGACUGACUAACCUGAGAUCGGGGCCAAAUUUAGCAGCUACCAUACAGUCUCUCUUGUGUGGUCGCACUAAAUUGUUAUGCCUCUCGCGCCAGAAUUUCAUUUAUAAAGUGCAAUGAAAAUAGAGCCUUAUCUCAGGUUUAAAGACUGACUGGCAUUGGCCCAUUGCAUAUUAGGGGUGUCAAUUUUUAAAACUGAGACUUGCAAAAACUCUGUUUUAAAAUACCGAUACUUGGUAGAAAAAAGUCCAAGAUGGAAAGAAAAUACAAAAACUGCAAGACCUCAAGACUUAAACAGGGAUGUCACUAAGAGCCGACUGCCGGCUAAUUUCACCGACCAAAAAAGAGCUUACCACCAGCUUAAAUUGCUCUGAAAAACAAAGACGUGGAGUAAUUUUAAAAUAACAGUCGAGUAAAAAAGCUGCCUUGACUUAUCGAAAAGCCUACCUAGCUAUUCCUUAGCUAUACCCCUGCUUAAAACAAAAUUACUGCUCUAUAUUCCAACACCCUUAAUUAAUAGUGUUUCUAUCCACCCAUAAUUAAUAGUGUUUUACCCAAGAAGAAAGUAUCUACUUACAAUAAUUAUUUAAGGAAUCGAACAAGUCAGUAUCCGAAAGUUAAUACAGAUAGAUACAUUCAAGAACUCUUACAUUAAUCACUUAAUUUUUAAAUACAAUUUAGCUAUGUGAGCGUAUUUUUUUUUUUUUUGUAAUUGUAAAUAACUUAAAUAUAUAUACUUUUAGUCAAAUAUUGUAACAUAAGAUAUGUAUUUUUUAUCUUGUGUGGAAAUAAAGACUAUUAUUAUUAUUAUUAUUAGCUCUCUGCCUUAAUUUUUAAAUCAAAUUUACUUUAAAUAUCUGUGCUAUAAUAUUUUAAAAUUUACCCCACAGAAUCUAAUCUUUGCCAAAGAGGAUUUGUUCUUCAAACUGGGAAAGAUGCCUCUGAGAAUAAGUACAUAAUCUACAGCAAAAGCUUUUGCAGGUAGGUAAAUCUCUAUCAUUAAAUAAAUGUUUUCCGAGAAAGGCUAAAUCACCUUUUGAAAAUUUGCUUAAUCAACCGAAACAGUUCCUAGAUGGGAGAAAUCAUCAACAUUAUUUAUAAACCAGAGCAUGACUACAAACUUGCCAACUGAAAAUUUAUGCCCAGUUUUGUUUAUUGAGUAAGGAAAGGACCUAAUAUCUAUUUUAAAAGUUACCAAAAGAAUGAGAACAUGCUUUCCAACUUGAGAAUAGGAAAGUUAACCAAGUUAAAGUGACCACUACUUGUUCUUCUUGCACAUAUAUAUUAUAACAUUAAGUGACUAACUGGAAAUUAUGUAAAACACUCAAGUUAAAGGUGAUAACUUGUUCUGCUUAUCAAUGCCAUUGAUUUUAUUUAUUGCUGAUGCUCUUGCUGUCCAGUCCUUGCCAUCAUGGUUGCAAUUUUUUUGCCAGCGGUAUUAACUUGGGUAUUUUUCUCCGCAGUGUUUAUGCAGUGACUCACAAAAAUAGAGGUGGGAUCAUUGUGUGUGAUCUACCUUAUGGUAUCCUGGUUGCAACUUACUCAUUCCCAUGCACGAGUGUUAAGGCUAUAGACAUUGUGGAAAAGGCUUGUGAAUUGUUACGGGGCUGAUAAAAAUGUUAAUAAUACAGUACACCUUUCAUCACCAAAAUAUGGACCAAUUCUGUAGCUGAAAUAGCAUAAGAUGUCAGCUUAAAAGAAAACUAGCACUCUUCAGAAGAAGAAGCCUGUGUCUAGUUUGUUUGACUUCCUGGUAAAGGUAAUCUCCAUUACCAGAUGAUUAAAAUGAUUUUACCAAAAACAAAUUUACCUUGCUGUAUUUUUAUUGGUAAAAUAAUACUCUUCUUGUACAUUAAAUAUUUUUUUCGAAAUACUGCCAUCAUUCUUUAUUAAUUUUAUUCUUGUAUCUUCAAAUAAAUCCCUCUUUCAACAUUCAGC